UCCGGCUCCUCCACCCCCCGCCCCUCUCUUUUCUGUCCCAGGGCGCAGACGCGCGGCGGGCCGGGCCGGAAGUCGCCGUGUCCCGGCGGGUGUGAGUGUGAGGGGAUCGCGGAGAGGUCCCAGCUGGUGUGGUGGCCGCCGCCUCAGCCGGGGAGGAAGGGAGCGGGGAGCGAGCCCGCCGCCCGGCGCCAAGAUGCUGCCCCUCUCCAUCAAAGACGAUGAAUACAAGCCCCCCAAGUUCAACCUGGUCCGCAAGAUCUCGGGCUGGUUCAGGUCCAUCCUGUCGGACAAGACCUCCCGGAACCUGUUUCUGUUCCUGUGCCUGAACCUCUCCUUCGCCUUCGUGGAGCUGCUCUACGGCAUCUGGAGCAACUGUUUAGGCUUGAUUUCCGAUUCUUUUCACAUGUUCUUCGAUAGCACUGCUAUAUUGGCUGGACUGGCAGCUUCUGUAAUUUCAAAAUGGAGAGAUAAUGAUGCUUUUUCCUAUGGGUAUGUUAGAGCGGAAGUUCUGGCUGGUUUUGUAAAUGGCCUAUUUUUGAUCUUCACUGCCUUUUUUAUUUUCUCUGAAGGUGUUGAGAGAGCAUUAGCACCUCCAGAUGUUCACCACGAGAGACUACUACUUGUUUCUGUGCUUGGGUUUGUUGUAAACCUAAUAGGAAUAUUUGCUUUCCAACAUGGAGGUCAUGGACAUUCACAUGGCUCUGGGCAUGGACAUAGUCAUUCUCUUUUUAAUGGUGCACUUGAUCAUGGACAUGGACAUGGCGAUCAUGGCCAUGGUCAUGGAGACCAUGGUCAUAGUCAUGAAUUAAAACAUGAUGCACAUAGUCAUGAUCAUGGACAUGGACACUUUGAUUGUCAUGAUGGUUCCUCAAUUAAAGGAACAACAGGACCCAGCAGACAGAUCUUACAAGGUGUGUUUUUACACAUUCUAGCAGACACAUUAGGAAGUGUUGGUGUAAUUGCAUCUGCCAUCAUGAUGCAAAACUUUGGUCUGAUGAUAGCGGAUCCCAUUUGUUCAAUUCUUAUUGCCAUACUUAUAGUUGUAAGUGUUAUUCCUCUGUUAAGAGAAUCAGUUGGAAUAUUGAUGCAACGAACACCUCCAUCACUGGAAACUGCUCUGCCUCAGUGCUAUCAGAGGGUUCUGCAGUUACAAGGAGUUUACCAUUUACAAGAACAGCAUUUUUGGACUCUUUGUACUGAUGUAUAUGUUGGGACUUUGAAAUUAGUAGUAGCACCUGAUGCUGAUUCAAGGUGGAUUUUAAGCCAAACUCACAACAUUUUUACUCAGGCUGGAGUAAGACAACUUUACGUACAGAUUGACUUUGCUGCCAUGUAGUGAAUCAUCAGAAAUUGUGCUCUUUGGACCAAAGUUUUCUGGUACUAUACAAUCUAAA